AUGUCGUCAUCAACGAAAAAGUUUACCAUUGCGGUCGAAGGAAAUAUUGGUUCAGGGAAAAGUACUGUCCUUGCUCAUCUUAGUAAAUCUUCAUUGUGUGAAAUUAUUGCCGAGCCAGUGGAAAACUGGACGAAUUUGAAAGGACAUAAUAUAUUGGCUAUGCUCUACGAUGAUCCUCAUCGAUGGGGUUUCGCCUUUCAAGCAAAUGCUCAAAUGACGUUGGCUAAGUUACAUACUCAAACAACCAAGGCACCUGUCAAAGUCAUGGAAAGAUCGAUCUAUAGUGCGCGAUACUGUUUUGUUGAAAAUCUAUACCGAAGUAAAAUCCUCCAUGGUGCUGAAUACGAAAUAUUAGACGAAUGGUUUCAAACCCUCGUUUCAGGUGGUUCAUGUGACCUUGAUUUGAUCAUUUAUCUUCGUGCAUCACCGGAAACCUGUCUUCAACGUAUCCAAAUGCGGCAUCGAUCAGAAGAGGAAUCGAUUGAUCUCGAUUAUCUGCAAACGUUGCAUGAACGCCAUGAAGAAUGGCUUAUCCAACGUAAUCGUACAAACAAUUCGCCGCCUGUUAUUGUCGUUGAUGCGAACCAAACGAAAGAACGUGUUUAUAUUGAUACUAACACUCAUGUUAAUAAUCUUGUUUCGUGUUAA